CAAGAAAAUGAAAGUAGGCCUAGAAAGAAAGUAGGCCAUUGUUGAGUUGAAAAAUCCGCGGCGAGACUGCCGGCUUGCGAGAGUCGGCUGAGAAGAGGUUCUACUCCCACUGGUAUUAGCUUUAUUCUUCAACAAGUGUCAAGUCCCAAGUCAUCAACCAUGGCGUCUGUUCAUCAGGAUAAUAAUAUCGUGGACAACACGUGGAGGAAGCAACAUUUGACACAAGCUGCAAGACAGGCAGUCCUCUCAUCUCUCAAGAUAGUCUUUAUCUUUGUCAUACUGUUUGCAGACAUGUCCUAUUCCAUCGUGUCUGGCCCUUUGUCUAUCGACCACCCCAUUGUGUGGUUUGUCGAGUUGUCUAUAGCAGUCCUCCUCCUGUUUCAAAUUGUUAGUAAUGGAUUGUUUUUAUGCCGUUAUUUCUGGAGCUACUUGUUCGGAUCAACUGUCAGUGUCACUGAGAAACAGAGACGCCUGAUGGCUAUUCCAUUAAAUGACAAAAGUUUCCGAACACCGCCAAGAAAUUUGGGAGGACCUUCGUCUUCCACACCUCUGACCUUCAGUGCUGGGGAUUCCAGUCAGUUUCUUUCAAGAAGUUUCACAUCCCCAUCUCCAAAUGUCUCUUACUCUUCACCUCUUCACUCUUCUGCUACGUAUGGGUCACCGUAUGGGUCUUUCUUGAGCUCAUCCUCAGGGAAAGCCAGCUUCAAUGCUAGUCCGAACUCGUCUCUUGACAGGAGCCUGAAUCUAUCUGGCAUGUCCCAGUCGUUUGGUCGUCCAGAAUAUGACAGAACAAGUCUCAGGUCUCGGAGAUCAACAUCACUGCCAGUCUCCUCUCGAUCUUCCAAGUACAAGCACAUUACAGAUGUUGACACUUUGAAUCGCUACAUCCAAGAGGAGGAGGAAAGAGAGAUGAACAAGUCUCAAGUGUCCCCUGACAACUUGAGCUCUGGCAACGUGUCAUUUUGGAGCUACGGCUCAAACCCCCUGGACUUUACUCAAGUAUUGAGACGCUUUGCCUACCAGCUGGCUCCUCGCACUCCGGCUUCCCUGACUUUGAGAAGUUCCAGUGACCAGGGUAAUAGCCUUGGCAUGGAGGAGGUGUGGGGCAAAUAUAAUGUGACUGAAGAUGAUUUGUAUGUGUGGACAGAAAAGCUGCGCAAGUGGCUGAGUUUCACCAUCGUAUCCAGACUAAAUGAGGAAAUUGAGGAAAUCAACUCUAAACUACAGAAAGUCAACACUGAGGACAGGAUAGGAAAAGCGGGCGUGUCUGCUCUCAAGCAAAUUGCCAUGACCAAACUACGAAGCUACAUCCCCACCUUGAACUCUAUCUUCCCUUACCUGGAGUUCACUGCCAAUCAGGAGUAUCUGUACAAGAGACUUAGAGAUCUAAGCACAGGGAGUAUGAGUGCCUAUACUUGGAGCAAAGGGGGAAGCUAUGGCAAGCCAUGGAGUGAACAUUUGCCCACAGAUGCAGCGCUGGUCAUGCACAUGUUCUGCUGCUAUCUAGAUGCCAGACUGCCAGUCCAGCCAAAGCAUUCUGAUGGAAAACCUUUUACAUCCCAGCAUUUUAUCAAAACCCCAGAUAAACCAAACGCUGACAAGAAAGAGACCCUUCAGAUCUACCAAAGCAGUAUAAACCCUCCACAUUUUCAGGUGGUCAUUGGAUCAGAGACUCACAAUUUGUGCAAGGGAAGGAACAACAUGUUUCAAGCCAUCCUACUGUUGUUGUACCACAUCAGGGUGAAAGAAAGUGGUAUGCUGGGGCGAAUUAAUCUUGGAAUGUCUGGCCUCAACAUGUUGUGGAUAUUUGACUGAAUUCCUGAACUGUUCUGAGGGUAUUUUAAUUUUGCUGUCCCACAUCAAUUGGGUGUAUUUUAGCUUUUCAUUUGUAAAUAAAGCCAUCUUUGUAACAUCUGUCAUUUGUUUUUAUGCAAUUGUAAUAAAAAAAAUAAUUAAGCCAUCA